UUAAAGGGUCCUGAGCUCCAUCCCCGUAGCUGCCAGACAGUUGACAUGGGGAGGCUGCUGUUGUUGGCUGGACUGGUUCUUCUGAUGAAACACAGUGAUGGUACUGCCUACAAGCUGGUGUGUUAUUUCACCAACUGGGCUCACAGUCGGCCAGGCCCUGCCUCCAUCUUGCCCCGUGACCUGGACCCCUUUCUUUGUACACACCUGAUAUUUGCCUUUGCCUCAAUGAGCAACAAUCAGAUUGUUGCCAAUAAUCUCCAGGAUGAGAACGUUCUCUACCCAGAGUUCAACAAACUCAAGGAGAGGAACAGGGCCCUGAAAACGCUGCUGUCCAUCGGAGGCUGGAACUUCGGCACAUCACGGUUCACCUCUAUGCUAUCCACAAUUGCCAGCCGUGAGGAGUUUGUUGAUUCAGUUAUAUCUUUCCUGAGAACACAUGGCUUUGAUGGGCUUGAUCUCUUCUUCUUGUACCCUGGACUACGAGGCAGCCCCGCGAAUGACAGGUGGAAUUUUCUCUUCUUAGUUGAAGAGCUCCAGUUUGCCUUUGAGAAGGAGGCACUGCUCACCCAGCGCCCAAGGCUGCUGCUGUCGGCUGCUGUGUCUGGUGUCCCAUACAUCAUACAGACGUCUUAUGAUGUGCGCUUUUUAGGAAGACGUCUGGAUUUCAUUAGUGUCUUGUCUUAUGACUUACACGGAAGUUGGGAAAAGUUUACAGGACACAACAGUCCUCUGUUCUCUCUUCCUGAAGACUCCAAAUCUUCGGCAUAUGCUAUGAAUUACUGGAGAAAUCUUGGGGCACCCGCAGAGAAACUACUCAUGGGCUUCCCCGCCUAUGGACGUACCUUUCACCUGCUCAGUGCAUCUAAGAAUGGAUUGCAGGCUGCCUCCACGGGACCAGGAUCUCCUGGGAAGUACACCAAGCAGGCUGGCUUCCUGGCUUACUAUGAGGUCUGUUCCUUUAUCCAGAGUGCAGAAAAGCACUGGAUUGAUUAUCAAUAUGUCCCCUAUGCCUACCAGGGGCAGGAGUGGGUUGGCUACGAUGACGCCAUCAGCUUCAGUUACAAGGCAAUGUUCGUGAAAAAGGAACAUUUUGGGGGUGCCAUGGUGUGGACACUGGAUAUGGAUGACGUCAGCGGCACUUUCUGUGGCAAUGGCCCUUUCCCCCUUGUCCAUAUAUUGAAUGAGCUCUUGGUACAGGCAGAGUUCAACUCAACCCCUUUGCCACGAUUUUGGUUUACAUCGCCUGUGAAUUCCUCAGGACCUGGCUCUGAGAGUCUGCCUGUGACAGAGGAGUUGACCACUGAUGCUGUAAAGAUUCUGCCGCCAGGAGGAGAGGCUAUGGCUGCUGAGGGCCCCAGAAAGUUUGAAAAUGUCACUACAAUCCUUAAUGGUGGAUUCUUGACCCCUGGGAGAACAAUGUCUCCUGCAACACAUACUCUAGGAAGUAACACCAUGGCUCCUUGGGCAAAUGCUACAACCUCACUGGACCUUCUGUCUGAGACCAUCACUGAGAUGACAGUGAUAGUCCAGACACAGAUACCAGGGGGAGAGACCACGGCCACAGUGGGCAAUCAGUCUGUGACUUCUUGGGGAGAGACCACGGCCACAGUGGGCAAUCAGUCUGUGACCUCUGGGGGAGAGACCAUGGCCACAGUGGGUAAUCAGUCUGUGACCUCUGCAGAGAUGGUUACAACUCUUGCCUAUCUUCAGACUAUGACUCCCAUUGAGGAGGGAACUUCUAGAAAGAAGGCUGUGGCCCUUGAAAGGGUUACUGUUCCCCCUAGAGAGAUGUCAUUUACCCCCAAUGGGCAGAAUACAUCUCUAGAGUGGGGGAAUUUUGAUUACUGAGGUGGAAACUUACUCCCAGGAUGGGUGAACUGGUCCUUACGUAGAAGUGGAGGACAGGAUGCUGCCCUCUGGCUCCAUCAUCCUGUCCCCAGGAUAUGCUCCUUUCUCUUUUGAAAAUGGCUUCACUCUUACUGAUGGGAACUCUCCUUUGUCAACUCAACAACUCUUCGAACAAAUCUCUCUCUUAAGAAAAAGAAAAUUCAGGACACAUUGUUAUGGAUCAAUGAACUCUCUUGGUGGCAAAUCCUAGGGGAAAACCCUUGCUUUUUCUUCUAUAUGAUAUGACAGAAGCCACUUCAGGCUGCCACCCAUGAGCAUUUUGUGGGGCUAAGCUGGCACCAAAGCCACCAUAGGGCAAUUUCCUUUCUGUUGAAUAAACUGGAAG